AUGCGUCAAGAAAAGGCCAGACAGAUGACCGAAGAAAUCUUGGCCAAGGAUGUUCAGACCAUCUCAGAGCCCGUUCAGGAGGCCAUCACCAGCCGCAAGAAGAAGUCCAAGACAGCCAAGCCCGCGACACCUGCUGCAUCUACGCCUGCUGCGUCCACACCCGUUCCCUCGCGUCCCGCCUCUCCUAAGAUGAAGGCUCAGCCCAUUGAGGAACCACCAAAGGUAGAGAAGCCCGUCACGCCCACGCCCACGCCCACGCCCACGCCCACGCCCACGCCCACGCCCGUUAAGGUCGAGACUCCUCCCCUCCUCCACCUGCUCCUGUCACUCCGGUCAAAGCCCCUACACCGCCACCACCAGCAGCGCUGA